CUUACUAUUGCCGCUAUCGGAAACCGUACUACUAUUUAAAUAAUUGAAACUUGAACCGGCGAAAAUGCAGUCUUAUUCUGGAAAGUGUCACUGCGGAAACACGGAAUGGACAGCGAAGCUCGAGAAAGAUCAGCAGGGGCAUAUUCUUUGCCAUUGCGACACUUGCAAAUACCUCUCGGGCUCAACUUUUACCUUGAACCAAAUCAUUCCCAAAGCCAACCUCACCAUCACAAAGGGGAAGGACAGUCUGAAUCGUUACACUUAUUACGGGGAAUCUGGUAAACCGGUCUAUUGCUACUUCUGCCCCAACUGCACCAGUCACGUGUACCACCACCAGACCGUUAUGGGCGACGACACAAUCAUACUUCGCACCGGGAUGCUGGAGCAAGGACUCAAGGAAUUCAAGCCUGCUGCUGAGAUCUUUGGCAAGGCCAAGUUGCCAUGGGAGAAGGAGGUUGCGCAGACCUUUGACACUCUGCCCCCAUCGUAAGCGCCCUUGCUUAUUAAACUCUAGGAGUUGUUGCGCUGAGUAGAGUUGAGAGAGAGUUGAGUGGAGAAGGAGUCUCUAAACUGUACUAUUACUG